UCUGUACAUCAGUGUCCGACGAACAUCAUUGAUCAAGAUGAGGCCUCUGGUUGUCGUCCUUCUGUGUCUGGUGGUCACCGUGUCCAGCGACGUUGUCGUUUCUGACUGUACGGCGACAGAGGCGGAGAUUGAAGCUGUUGGCCAAGUGGUGUUCACUUAUGGCAAAGACCUGACUGAUGAAGAAAAAACAGGGAUAGCUUUCACCGUCAUCAACAGAGUGGCCAAUCCUCACUUUCCCAAUACCACGUUAGAAGUAGUUAACUGGCAGAGAAACACGCCAAGAAAGACGAAAAGAGCCUAUGCCAAACUGACAAAGAUUUGGCACGUCAAUCAGUGGACUAGCGCUAAAAGUGGCAACACUGAUGAGUACCAGACGGCCAUCCGCGUGUCACGUGACGCUCUCUGCGGACAGGCGAGCGACCCGACAGGGGGUGCCACUGAUUUUGCGUCUCAACCAACCCCACGAGUUUUCCACGCUCCGCCAAAUUACAGGGCGGCUGAACUUGGAGCUCAGUUGGGAAACAUCUACGUCUUUAAAAUUCAACCAAACGUUAACGGUGGCGGUAGGGGAGGGCGCAGACAACAUGGCGGAGGCAGGGGAGGACACGGCAGGAGAGGACAGGGAGGAAACCGAGGAGCACCCGGUAGGAGGGGACCAGGAGGACGUCGUGGAAGACCUGGCAGGAGGGGACCAGGAGGACGUCGUGGCCAGAGAGGAAGACAGGGAGGAGAGGGAAAAUAAGGUCUCUCACAAUCAAGGAGUGGGCACAGUUCAGAUAGAUUUUAAGACGUCCUGACCGAACCUAGCUGAAUUUAUUAUCACCAGAUGUGUUUAGCUAGGUAAACAUGGCGGUUCCCUUUUACAGGUCGCUUAUUUGUAUAUGGCGUUUCUGAUGAACGGAACGAGUUGCAAUAAUCCAAAUAAAACACACUGAACAAAC